AUGGAAUCUCUAAUGGUGCUAGAACCAUCUAUGGAAUCACUUAUGGUGCUAGAACCAUCUAUGGAAUCACUUAUGGUGCUAGAACCAUCAAUGGAACCACUUAUGGUGCUAGAACCAUCAAUGGAACCACUUAUGGUGCUAGAACCAACAGACAGAUUACACAAGGGGUAUUACCUCGUGCCCUCAGGAAAUACGAUGUACUCGGCUGCUGCAAACAGUGUAGACAGUAGAGGAAGUCAAAAACUUUACCACCGGGAAGCCUGCUGGCUAAACCUGGUAUUUUCGUCGGUGAAAGUAAGCAGUUUCCUGGUAUUAUGUGGUACUAAUGUUCACUAUGGUACCAAUGUUCACUAUGGUACCAAUGUUCACUAUGGUACCAAUGUUCACUAUGGCACCAAUGUUCACUAUGGUACCAAUGCUCACUAUGGUACCAAUGUUCACUAUGGCACCAAUGUUCACUAUGGCACCAAUGUUCACUAUGGUACCAAUGUUCACUAUGGCACCAAUGUUCACUAUGGUACCAAUGUUCACUAUGGUACCAAUGCUCACUAUGGUACCAAUGUUCACUAUGGUACCAAUGUUCACUAUGGUACCAAUGUUCACUAUGGCACCAAUGUUCACUAUGGUACCAAUGCUCACUAUGGUACCAAUGCUCACUAUGGUACCAAUGUUCACUAUGGUAACAAUGUUCACUAUGGCACCAAUGUUCACUAUGGUACCAAUGUUCACUAUGGCACCAAUGUUCACUAUGGUACCAAUGCUCACUAUGGUACCAAUGUUCACUAUGGCACCAAUGUUCACUAUGGCACCAAUGUUCACUAUGUUACCAAUGUUCACUAUGGCACCAAUGUUCACUAUGGUACCAAUGUUCACUAUGGUACCAAUGUUCACUAUGGCACCAAUGUUCACUAUGGUACCAAUGUUCAUUAUGGUACCAAUGUUCACUAUGGUACCAAUGCUCACUAUGGUACCAAUGCUCACUAUGGUACCAAUGUUCACUAUGGUACCAAUGUUCACUAUGGUACCAAUGUUCACUAUGGCACCAAUGUUCACUAUGGUACCAAUGCUCACUAUGGUACCAAUGCUCACUAUGGUACCAAUGUUCACUAUGGUACCAAUGUUCACUAUGGCACCAAUGUUCACUAUGGUACCAAUGCUCACUAUGGUACCAAUGCUCACUAUGGUACCAAUGUUCACUAUGGUACCAAUGUUCACUAUGGUACCAAUGCUCACUAUGGUACCAAUGUUCACUAUGGUACCAAUGUUCACUAUGGUACCAAUGUUCACUAUGGCACCAAUGUUCACUAUGGUACCAAUGCUCACUAUGGUACCAAUGUUCACUAUGGUACCAAUGUUCACUAUGGCACCAAUGUUCACUAUGGUACCAAUGUUCACUAUGGUACCAAUGUUCACUAUGGUACCAAUGUUCACUAUGGUACCAAUGUUCACUAUGGUACCAAUGUUCACUAUGGCACUAAUGCUCACUAUGGUACCAAUGCUCACUAUGGUACCAAUGAAGGUGUCACGUUGUUGACGAAACGUCGAGAUAAAAAGAGAAAGAUUAUGAUUCACUGUUUCAGAUGA